AUGAAGGUUGCCAUACAGUUAAUACAGUUGAUUGAAAAUCUGUUGAAGGAAUUGAUGAAGACAAAAAAAGUUUUAGUUCCUGUAGCUGGAGCACUGACAGAUGCAGCCACUGUUGGUUUUACAACCUUAGUUGGUAGCUCAAUUGGCGGUCCAGUGGGAGCGGUAGCUGGAGGCGCAGUAGGAGCAGGGAUCCUAGGUGUAUCAAGAGCUCUGGGACAAUGCAAUUACAAACCACUAAUGACGGCUUUAACAGAGGACUUAACAGAAGAAGAAAGAAACGAUUUGUAUGAGAGAAUCUGGGAAAAACUGAAGGCGUACGGAAACUGCUCUUUAAAUCAGUUAAAGGAUUCAGCUCUAAUGGAUUCAGCUGUAAUGAAGUUGAAGAAAACUGUUGAGGAGAAUCCAAAUUUGAUGAAAAAUAUCGAAAAUGAACUUAAUGAAACUCUUGGCAAAAAGAAAAUGGUUUUAGAUUAA